AUGACUUUACAUGGUGAUAUUGACAGUGACAGAAAAUACUAUUUGGUCGAUUCCGGAUAUCCUAACACUCUUGGAUACCUCAGUCCAAUAAAACAUGAUGGUAUUAGAUAUCAUAUGCCUCAGUUUCGUUUUGGUCCACCUCCUACGGGGAUGUUUGAACAUUUUAAUUACAGACACUCAUCCUUGCGUACGACAAUUGAGAGAUGCUUUGGAAUGCUAAAAAAUCAAUGGAAGAUAUUAAAAAAUAUGCCUAGUAUGGAGAUCAAAUAUCAGUUGGCUAUUAUGGUGUCAACAUUUACGCUUCAUAAUUUUAUUCGCCUACAUCAAUUAGGUAUCCAAAUAUCAAGUGGGGUUAACAUUGAACCAAGAAGUGAUACCAACAUGUUUAACACAGAGCACAAGAAUGAAAUGGAUAGAAUCCAACUAAAUAUAGCCAACGAUAUUUGGGCAUCAAUUCAAAGAGAAGCAGAAACAUCGUAG